GUAGGAGCCAGUCCAUGAAGGUUACACAAGGAAAAGAAUAUUAAAAAAUAAAAUAAAAUAAAAAUUUCGAUCAACUCAACGCUGAAAUUGUCCAAUACUUCGUGGCUAAGGCGUAAAAUCCAAGGAUAAGCACAAUUUUGCAUAUCCCAUUAAUCAAACCGAAGUCCCUUCAAAUCCCAAUACGAAGAAAGUUAUGCAGAAAAUCCACUUUUUUCUCUCAACAAUUUUCCUUUUGUUCUUGACCUCAAGAAUAGCAAUGGCUGCCGAUUCAUCAUCAUCUGAAGCUAAAGUUCACAUAGUUUACACUGAGAGGCCCGAAGGACAAGAGCCUGAAGCCUAUCAUAUCAAGACCCUUUCCUCUAUUCUUGGCAGUGAGGAUUCUGCGAAAGAGGCUCUGAUAUACAGUUACAAGCAUGCUGCAAGUGGGUUCUCUGCUAAGCUGACUCCUGAACAGGUGUCUCAGCUCUCAAAACUGCCCGGAGUUCUUCAAGUCGUUCCCAGCCAAACUCUCCACCUGCACUCCAGUCGACCAGGGAACGUGCACGUGUGAAGAAUUAGUGUCGUGUGGUUUAUAUGUACUAAGUGUGUUUCUUUUCUGCGCCUAUGAACAUCGAACAUGUUAACAAUAUGAAAAAAAAUAAGACCCCGUAUGAAUAAAAUCUUGUGUGAUCUCGUUCCUGUGUAAAUGAAGUGUAAUGUGCAACUUUCCAUGGCCUUCCAGUGUACGUUUGAGAAUUGAAGGUUGCGUGUUCUCGCUUGAUUGCGAUAUAGAAACAUUCAAAGAUGAAAAAGAAGUUCAAAAUC